AUGGGAAAACAAACUUCUUUAGAAACCCGACAAAUCAUAAUUGAUUUGCACAAAAAAGGUAAAUCCUUACGAAAUAUAGCAAAUACGACCAAUAGAAGUCAUAAUACAGUAAAAUAUGUUAUAGACAAAUAUAAAAAUUUUAAUGAAAUUGAUAACUUCAAAAAGUCUGGUAGACCAAAACGACUUUCUGAUAAAGAAAUAAGACAAAUAGUGAGAGAAGUCAAAAACAACCCAAGUGUAAGUGCAGUAAAAAUAUCUAAAAAUAUUACUCAAACAUCAGAAAAACCUGUAAGUGCUAGUACUAUACGACGAGCACUACGUGAAAAUGGACUACACGGUAGGUCUCCGCGACGAAAACCAUAUAUCUCAAAAAUUAAUCAGCAAAAAAGACUAGAAUUCGCGAAAAAGUACGAAAAUAAAGAUGUUAACUUCUGGUAA